CAUAUGCCACUGGGUGAGAGAAGUUUUCAUUGUAUUUGGGCAGCAUUAUAUGAAGUGUUAUGUGUUGUUCGUGAUGAGCCUUGGUCAAUUUAGCUUGGAGUAUGGCACCCUAUUCUAUCUGUCACCUAAUCCUGCCUAAUAGGCAGGCCAAUCCUGGAGGAAAGUAUUGGCUGUAAGAAGUAAGAACAUAACAUCUGGUUAUUUUUAAAUGACUUCUCAUGACAUUGCUUGCCAGACAACAUUGUAAUUCAUAUUUUUCCAAUUUGCGUUACCCACUCCAGUCAGCAGAUGGCGAUAUGAAUUUUUCAGGUGAUGCUUUCUAGUGGACGGGCGGGAGGAUUCUUCAACAGCGACAAAAGGUUCCUGAUUUACCCACGCGGUGCUUUGCUAGCAAACCUAAAAAUUGAAGCUCUUUAGACCAAUCUUGUGUAAAUUACUCUUAGUGUUUUGAACAUAAUUACCUAUCUACUGGUUCAUUUAAACGUAAUUUGCUUGUUAAAUUAGCAAAUGUGUUACAUUGAUACUGCACUCGGCUAAUCUCCCGGAGCAUAAACUCACUAAUCUCGACGGAGAAAGAAACUGGUGAAAGGAGGCAAAGAAGCUUGAAGAAUGAAUAAGGAGGCUAUCACAUUGAAACAAGAGGAUGAUAUUACAGUGAAAGAGGAAUAUGGGAACGAGGUUGUCAAAGUGGAAAAAGAGGUAGAAGCUUUCAGAAUCAAAACGGAGGAAGAAACGUUUGGAGUAAAAGAGGCGAGUGUCUCAAUAAAAGAGGAGAGUGUCUCAAUAAAAGAGGAAGACGCUUUGGGAGUGAAAAACGAGACUGAAGAUCCGAUUACCACCAGCGAGAGACAUGACUAUCGUGGAUCCUCCGGGGAGCCUCAACAACCUCAUGAAGCUGAAGAGGCAGAGAAGAGUCUCUCCAGAUCAGAACACCAGAUGGACAACGCUAGCCCUUCCUCCCUCCUGGAGUCCCAGUGUCGUGCCUCUCCCGGGAUGAAGAGGUUGUCUGUGCUGCUGGUGGACUGCAGGACAAGAACGGGGCUGAGUGGAACUGUGAGAGGAGGAGAAGAGAAGAAAGGAUCAGAUUUGACUCAUCAAAAAAUUGAGAGUGACACAGAAGGAAUGGAUGAGGACUCUGUGAGUGAUCUGAGUUUUGAUUCCAGCGAGGAUGACAUGUUUUUGGAAGGAGAAGAUCCAGUUUUCGAUCAUGACACUGACCCCGACUGGGAGCCCCCAGUGCCAACUUGUCCAUCCCCCUCUGAAGCUGGUUCAUCCUCUGGCUCCACACCUUCCGGGCCGUCUAGAGGACCGACAAAGAAGAGGAAGAGGGGAAGUGUGCCACCCGCUAACAGAGGGAAAGAAAGGCGUUGGCACACCGUCCUAGAAGACGAUGUGGAGCCACCCCAACCAACUUUUAGGCCGAAAAGGAAGCCAGGACCUCAGCUAAACAUGACUGCUACGUACAGCCCCCUUCAGCUUUUUCAGCUGUUCUUCACCCAAUCCGUUGUAGAGUCGCUCGUGUCUAACACGAAUAAGUAUGGGAAGAUGAAGCAAGCAAGCGAAAAGGUAGCAUGGAAGCCCAUAUCCACGUCAGAGUUUUUCUGCUACCUUUCACUGGUCAUCUACAUGGGGCUGGUGAGGCUGGAAAGCCUGAGGGACUACUGGAAAACGUCAUCUGUCUACCAACUGCCUUUCCCCUCGACAGUUAUGUCCUGCAAAAGGUUUCUGGAUCUCUCCCAGGCGCUUCACAUCAGUGACCCAAAGGUUGAUGAAGAGAACGAGAAGAAGAGGGGCACAGCGAGGUUCGAUACGCUGUGCAAAAUCAAACCUCUCUACCACAGCAUUGUCGAGGCCUGCAAGACGUACUUUCAGCCAGCCCAGAACGUGUCAAUCGAUGAGAGGAUGGUAGCCUCAAAGGACAGAAUUGGCCUCCAACAAUACAUGAUAAACAAACCAACCAAGUGUGGUCUCAAACUGUUUGUGUUGGCUGACUCUGCGUGUGCCUACACGUGCAAUUUCUUGGUCUAUGAGGGGAAGAAGAGUUUUGCUACCGGUAAGGAACUCAGCUAUGCCUCUGUAAUGGUGUUAUUGGAUUUUCAACUGCUCGGGAAGGGCUACAAACUGUUUGUGGAUUACUUCUACACAAGCCCUACCCUGUUUGCAGAGCUUAGGAAGCGGGGAGUGUGGGCUUGUGGCACCAUUCGUACCUCCAAGGUGGGCUUCCCGAAGACGAAGGUGAACGACAUGCCUAAGUGGGCUGAGCGGGGGACCAUGAGAUGGAUCCGUGAAGAUGGCCUGCUGUUUGUAAAGUGGAUGGAUGCCAAAGAGGUGGUGAUGUGCUCCACAAUCCACAAGUCCUUCAGUGAGGAUUAUGUUGUCAGGCGUGUGAAGGACGCUACAGGGGCAUGGACCACCAAAAAUGUCCCCAUUCCAACUGCGGUAAAGGACUUCAACAAGAGCAUGGAAGGUGUGUACCUAUCAGAUGUGCUGACGGGCUAUUACAAUGUUCUCCAUAAGACAAUGAAAUGGUACAAGACCUUCUUCUAUCAUUUCAUCGACAUCGCCGUGGUGAAUGCAUUCAUCCUACACAAGGAAAUGGCGACGAGCUGUGGAAAGCCCUUCCUCUCACAGAAAGCCUUCCGAGAGCAGCUCAUCAAGGAGCUGGCUGGCCACAGCACCACUGCACCAAGUCCUGUCCCUUCUGCUCGAGAGCAGCUCAUCAAGGAGCUGGCUGGCCACAGCACCACUGCACCAAGUCCUGUCCCUUCUGCUCGAGAGCAGCUCAUCAAGGAGCUUGCUGGCCGCAGCACCACUGCACCAAGCCCUGUCCCUUCUGCUCGAGAGCAGCUCAUCAAGGAGCUUGCUGGCCACAGCACCACUGCACCAAGCCCUGUCCCUUCUGCUCGAGAGCAGCUCAUCAAGGAGCUUGCUGGCCGCAGCACCACUGCACCAAGCCCUGUCCCUUCUGCUCGAGAGCAGCUCAUCAAGGAGCUUGCUGGCCGCAGCACCACUGCACCAAGCCCUGUCCCUUCUGCUCGAGAGCAGCUCAUCAAGGAGCUUGCUGGCCACAGCACCACUGCACCAAGCCCUGUCCCUUCUGUCCCUCCUGCCACAAGUGUUCAUCUGCCCAAAUAUAUUUGUGCAGGCAUGGAUGUGCCUAAGGGCCAAAGGGGCUCAGCAUGGAGGCGUUGCUGUGUUGUCUGCAAGAUGAAGUCCCCCAUCACAUGCCCCACAUGCUCAGUGACCCUCUGCUUUACAUCGGAGAGAGACUGCUACGGCAUCUGGCAUCAGCAGCAGAAUAUUGUGUAGAGCUUUGGCAAAGUGGGUGGGGUUUUAUCCUUCCUGUUUGGCCCAGUCUCAUCGGAUGGGGCAACAGUGUCUCCUGACCCCUCCUGUCUCAGCCUCCAGUAUUUAUGCUGCAGUAGUUUGUGUCGGGGGGCUAGGGUCAGUUUGUUAUAUCUGGAGUACUUCUCCUGUCCUAUUCGGUGUCCUGUGUGAAUUUAAGUGUGCUCUCUCCAAUUCUCUCGUUCUCUCUCUCGGAGGACCUGAGCCCUAGGACCAGGCGUCAGGCCUACCUGGCGUGAUGACUCCUUGUUGUCCCCAGUCCACCCGGCCGUGCUGCUGCUCCAGUUUCAACUGUUCUGCCUGCGGCUAUGGAACCCUAAACUGUUCAUUUUUACUCUUGAGGUGUGUAGAAAAAAGCCAAAAGAGAUCAGACCCCUCCCCCAGUAGCCGGUCCAGAUCCAGAGCCACAUCCAUGGGCUCUAAGACCAACUAUUGACUGGGGAAUGCGGGAAGAAACUGCCACAAACAGCAAGUGACCAGCAGAGGGAGCCAAA